AUGGACCGGCGAGCCCGAAUGACGAAGCCGCCCGCCAGCCAAGCGCCGCAUCACUCCCCGGUGGCGCCUAAGAGGGAAAGGAGGCCUAGCAUGUUCGAGAAGGAGGCAUAUGCACAGAUCUUAAGAGAAAGACUGAGAGAAUCUUUUCAUGAUGUUCAGUAUGUGGAACCUCCAUUUGAUGAUUCAAUUGCUGAUAUAGGCAAAGAAUGGAAGAGUGCCCUGGCAAAAUUAAAGUUUGCUAAUUCAUAUAGAAUGGAGCCAUUGAAAAAAUUCCAAGCACAUUCAGUAGAAACUAAAAUCCAGCAGAUAUUAAAGGAAAGUCUUAAAGAUGUCAAAUAUGAUGAUAAAGCCUUCUCUCAUUUGUCACUUGACUUGGCAGAUCGAGUAUUGGCAGCAGUCAAAGAAUUUGGGUACCAUCGUUAUAAAUUCAUUAUAAAAGUAUUAUUUAUUCAAAAGACUGGUCAAGCAAUAAAUAUUGCCAGCAGAUGGAUCUGGGAUGUGGCCUGGGACAGCUGGGUCCAAGCUCAGCAUGAAACAGAGUCUUAUGUGGCGCUGGUUUUGGUAUUUGCUCUCUACUGCGAAUAGCUCAGGACUAAGUUUCCAAAAUAAAUGAUGUACAGUGUGUAAGCCUCGUGUUACCUUAACAACAAACAUUGAAGAGCCAGCUAUAUUUACUAUUAGCAUGUGUGGGAAUUCCUUUAGCCAGCAGCCUCUAAGAUCCCAGCCCACUUGUGUGUGGUCUCUUGUACUGUAAAUGUAAAUAGAAGUAAAGCUUGCGUGGUCUCUCUCUCUCUCUCUCUCAGCUGGGGGAUUUGGAUUCUGUUCCCCGCUUGCACAGAGGACUGUGAUCUGUGAGUCUACCCCUAAAUAAAGAGCCCUUUCUUAUACCCCAUUCUGAGCUAAGCUGAAGUCUGAGAUAAUGUAAGUGGAAGAUACAUUUUGGAAAACUUAGGACAGAUGCAUCUUGGGUGGUGUUUUAAUGUUUUGUAUUUGUUUUUUUGAAAGGCAUCCCUAAGCUUAGAAGAAAGAUGUUUAAGUAUCAGUGCUCUCUUAUAUAAUAAAUUCCUCCUCCGCCAAUCAACAGAAACUGACUUUAUGGAAUUAGUCAAAUCCAGACUUAGAUUUAGGUUUUGGGGACAGAGGCACACACACACAUUUCCCCUUAGGAAGGGGGAACGUCAUGACAGUGGAGAAGG